AUGGGUUUGAAGAAGAGGAAGGAGUGGGUCCGCCCCCUUCUUGAGGAGUCUCUGUUGUCUUUCACCUAUAUGGUAGCCAUGAAUUUAAUUGUAUGGAACUGUAGGGGCACCUUGAAGCCUAAUUUUCAAGACUAUGUUCACGAUCUUGUUCGACAACUUGAUCCAGCUAUUUUUGUGGUUAUGGAAACCCAUAUUGGAGGUGCUAGAGCCCGGGAUAUCACAGACAGAUUACCGUUUGAUGGUGCUAUACAUACUGAGACUAUUGGUCGAGUGGGGGGAUUGUGGUUAUUGUGGAAUUCUGACAAAGUUGAUGUGUCCUUUCUGGCUAGCUUGGAGCAAGAAAUUCAAUCCACAGUUAAGGUACUCUCCUCUAACUUUAAUUGGAUGUUCUUUGCUGUGUAUGCUAGUCCUAGAAGUGCUGAAAGACGUAUAUUGUGGAAUAAUCUCUCUAACGUAGCUGAUCUUCAUAAAAUGCCUUGGGUCAUUACAGGAGAUUUUAACAAGCCUCUUACUAGUGCGGAUAAGUUUGGUGGUAGAGUGGUUAGCGUAAAUCAAGCUCUGGCAUUCAAGGAUUGUUUAGAUAAAUGCAACAUGGUGGAUUUAGGAUUCUCUGGUCCGAGAUUUACAUGGACUAUUGGCCGGGAAAUUCAGGACCUUAUUCAGGAAAGGAUUGAUAGAUUUUUUGUUAAUCUGGACUGGUAUCUUAUCUACCCGGAUGCUAGAGUAACGCACCUCACCAAAUGUCACUCUGAUCAUUGCCCAGUGCUCUUGGAAACAAUGCCUCAAAGGAGGAUACACCUUGACCGCCCCUUCAAAUUUCAGAGAUUAUGGCUUUCAAAUUUAUCCUUUCCAAAGGUUGUGUCUCAGGCCUGGAGAUAG